UGUUACUGUUUGCAGCCAUAGGAUGCGCAGUCGUUGUCAUUGCAACAAUGUGUGUUUCGAAAUAUAAAGACAAUAUCAAAAUUAACAAAUUAGUGUGGAUGUCGUAUUUAAUCACAGCAUUUUUACUAAUGAUUAGUGUCAGUGUCUAUGGCGGAACAUAUCACAAAGAACUCUGGCUAAAAGAUCAUAGACUGUCUAGUUCCUUUGCGUGCGCAACUAUUGCAUUUUUCCUGUACUUGUGUGGAGGUUUGGCUAUCUUAAUAAUGAGCUAUCAAGGAGAAAACAAAGUUGAAGUUGUUUAUAUUCCCGAAAAUGAAGAGCCAAGACCAAAUUCAUCACUUCCGAGUCAUUAUUUAUGGCUGGCUAAAAGACCAAUAAAAACUCCAAAAUACUGGACAAAAUUUGACAAUUCAAAACGAAUUGAUGAAUGGAUAUCACAAAAUCCGUCUUCCUUAGUUCAUCUGGUACCUGCUUCAACAAAGGAAACGAGUGCUAUCGAUAAACUUGUUCAAAGGACUUGGAAGGAGGAUUUAGUUGGAGUAGGUAGAGAUGCUAAAGGUAUAGAUUCACUUGUCUAUAAAAAGCUACAUGUCAUCAAAGUAGAAAGAGUCGAAAAUGCUCCUUUAUUCGAAAAAUAUGCUGAAAAUAGAGCAAAACUUUUUCGGAAGGUUGGUAAUGGAGUACUCUUCAAUAAGCUAGAACAAACAGUCAAGGCUAAAAGAGGAAAGAUAAUUACCGCUUCCGAAGAUAUACUUUUAAGAGACGUAUACCCCGCUAUAAAUGAAUAUUACCUAUUUCACGGUACACCUGUGGAAAUCGUAGAUGCUAUUGUUACUCAAGGCCUUGAUGCUAGAUUAAAUAAAAGGGGAAUGUUUGGUCCAGCUGUCUAUGCUGCAGAUAGUAGUACCAAGAGCGAUUCGUAUGCAGAUUCACAACAAUCCAGGGACAUAAAGUCGGAAAAGAAAAUGAUUUUAUUGCGUAUGCUGCUAGGAGAAAUGUUUGUUCUAAAUUCUAAAGAGGUGUUUCAGCGUCCUCCGUGCAAAACAUGCAGAAACGAUCGCUGUAGUGAUAGAUCACAUGACCAAGCCGGAAACUGGUUCUAUGAUUCAGUUGUUGUGGACGGACCCUGGAAUUUCCGUGAAUUUCUUGUUUAUGAACUAAAUAUGUGUUAUCCAGAGUAUGUAAUUUCUUAUAAAAGGAUCUAGUAUUGCGGUGCUUUAGUUUUUUAUCCGUCCAUGAAGCUUAAAAAAACAAGAUAAUUUGUUAUUUUGUCUUUAUACGGUUAUAAAGAAUAGUAAGACAUAUAUAUUCAGGUCAGAUAUAU